AUGCUCAAGGACAACGGCAUCGAGUACACGAAAGGCUGCAACGCUGGUUCCUUUGUGUGGCUCAAUCUUGGCAAGAAGUACUUUGAAGCCAAUCCUGGCGAAAAGGUAAGAAGCGGCACCGAGUUGACGGACAUGAUCAUGCAAAGGUUACUUGACAAUAAAGUCUUCCUGGCCAGUGCGACAGGAUUUGGUUCUGAGAAGCCGGGUACCUUCACUCGCGAAAUCAGCACGGAGAGUGGGCAGGCCCAGGUUUGGUUCAACCGCGGCCUCAUCUGGAGCUACUCUUUCGACCAUGAUGAGGCCUGCAAGUGCUUCGAGCAGGCCAUUGCACAUGAUGGAAUGUGUGCCAUGGCCUACUGUGAUCUGCAACAGAGCAUGAAGCGGUGCCAUGACGCUGCUCGCAAGGCGCGGGAGUUGGUUAGCACGGGGCAAGCGACAAUUACUUCGAUUGAGGCGGCGCUUAUCCACGCCAUUCAGUCCCGAUUCCCGGUCGACCAUUCCGUGGAGGAUUUCAGCGUGCUGGACAAGGAGUAUGCGAGCGCCGUGGAAAAGGUGUAUCACCAGUAUGGGGAGAACCACCUCGACGUGGUGACACUAGUGGUCUUCCCAUUGAGGGCUCUCCAGUCGACCAAGUCCAGCGUGUCUUUGGUCGUGGUCUUCAACAUAAGGAUGCAAACCGCCAUCCAGGCAUCCUACAUCUUUUCAUCCACUUCCUUGAGAGAUCGGCGACCACCCCCUGCUGCUCUACCUGCAGCAGAUAAGCUUCACAACCUUACGAGAAGUAUCUUGCUCGAGCGUGCAAAAAAUUUCUGCAGCUUCUACCGCCUGCGCAAUUACCAGUCACUCAUCUAUGCAGCGAUGCUGGCCGGGCAGUCAAAAGUGGCCAUGAAGGCUCUAAAUGACAUGGAAGCCUCUAUUACAGACCACGUCCUCCGUGUUAAAUCGCCCUCACUGGCAGAUUGGAUGGAAUUCUUCAAGGCAGUCCGCGUACACGUCUACAUCCGGUUCGGCAUCGCUCUCGCUGCAAUGGGCAACAUAGCCGAGGCAGAACAAGAACGGGAACUCUACCACGCCGCCGCUAAAAGAGUCCCACCGACCCGGAAGGACUUUCCUAAUCUCAUUGUUGACGUGCUCAAGAUUGCUACCGCCAUGUUGGACGGGGAGAUCCAGUACCGUCGUGGCAACUUCACAAGCGCCUUUGAGUACCUCCGCGAGGUAAUCCGCCAUGAUGACUCGCUUCUUGGACAUGUAGAGGAGGCUCUGAGAGCCUACGCGGAAGAUGGCUCGCUAACGCGUGCGCAGUAG